UUGCUACCAGUGUGUGCUUGACGCAGUUAGAAGCGCACGAUAGAGAAAGAGGGAGGCUGAGUUGACAGUGUGACAGACUAACACGGGGACUCGUUGGAAUAAUCGUCGGUUGCUGAGUUGUCAAUCGGUACCGAGUGUGAACCUGAACGCCGGAAGAUUUCAGCCACCUUGGGUCCCGCAGCUCACCGCUCAGAGCCCCGCACACUCCCGCAGUUUUAAAGGGAACAGAUAGGACGAGUGGCGCUGCUUCAGAUUCCUCUGUGAUCGCCAGAGGAGGAGACUGAACUGAGAAGAGCAUCAGCAUCACUAAAGGAAAAGGCUCUAUAGAUCUUAACUUUGACCCUCCGGUUGUGGAUCUUUGACAUAAAAAGACCAGCAGUUGAUCUGGGAGGAACAGAACUGCCUAACUUUCUUUGGAGGACAUGGAGAACUGAUCAGAAUCCAGCAGGCACCAAAAGGAAGCUCCUCCGUCCCUGUCCAUCAAAGGCAAUGGCGGGGCUCAAACGCCAUCAUGAUGGGAAGAUCGCUGGACUCUAUGAUCUUGACAAAACGCUGGGACGUGGACACUUUGCUGUGGUCAAACUGGCACGGCAUGUUUUCACCGGGGAAAAGGUGGCUGUGAAGGUGAUAGAUAAGACUAAGUUGGACCCAGUGGCACGGGGGCACCUUUUUCAGGAGGUGCGAUGCAUGAAGAUGGUGCAGCACCCCAAUGUGGUGCGCCUGUAUGAAGUCAUCGACACAGCCACCAAGCUCUACCUCAUCCUGGAGCUGGGAGACGGAGGAGACAUGUACGACUGCAUCAUGAAGCACGACGGAGGCCUCAGUGAAGAGGUGGCCAAAUGUUACUUUGCCCAAAUCGUCCACGCCAUCUCCUACUGCCACCGGCUGCAUGUGGUGCACAGGGACCUGAAGCCAGAGAAUGUGGUGUUUUUUGAGAAGCAAGGGGUCGUCAAGCUAACGGACUUUGGCUUCAGUAACCGGUUUCAGCCUGGGAAGACUCUCAACACCUCGUGUGGCUCACUGGCCUACUCUGCUCCUGAAAUACUGCUGGGGGACGAGUAUGACGCUCCUGCUGUGGAUAUCUGGAGUCUGGGGGUGAUCCUCUACAUGCUGGUGUGCGGUCAGCCCCCCUUCCAGGAGGCUAACGACAGCGAGACAUUAACCAUGAUCAUGGACUGCAAAUACACAGUGCCUCCACACAUCUCCCAUGAAUGCCGAGAUCUAAUAGAUCAGAUGCUGCAGAGGGACCCCAAGAAACGAGCAACCUUAGAAGAAAUAGGGGGCCACGAAUGGCUUCAAGGUGUCGACCCCUCCCCUGCCACCAAGCUGUCCACCCCUCUGGUGUCCUAUCGCAGCCUGUCUGAGGAGGAGCACAGCUCCAUCAUCCAGCGCAUGGUGCUUGGGGGCAUCGCAGACAGAGACACCAUCACUGAGGCUCUGGAGUCAAAUCAGUACAACCACAUUACAGCUACGUACUUCCUGCUGGCUGAGAGGAUGCUGAGGGAGAGGCAAGAGAAGGAGCAGCACAGCCAGACACGAUCACCCAGCCCCAGCAAGGCCCAGUUCAGGCAGUCCUGGCCCACCAGAGUGGAUGUUCACCAAGAUGUCAGUGAUGGCUUGGGAGGUCCAGCUAUCUCCCACCCAGGUGGGCCACAGUCCCCUGCCCGCAGUGCUGAGAGCCUCCACAAAGGCCCCAGGCCCAAAACAGCUCUACUGGACAUCAGCCAGCGGCAGGAAAACAACACCCUGGCACCCAGCCAACAGCAGCCUGCUCGACAGAACCAGGAGAGGGGGCUCAGGCCUCUGGCUAAGCCCCACUCCAACCCCCUCAGACUGGGCUCUCUGACCUCAGUUGGCCCCUGUAAACCUCGUAGUCCCAGUCUUUUCAGCGUGGAGGAAGAUGAGGAGGAAGAAGGGGGUGAAGACAAAUUAUCUCCCUCUACACUACCAGCUCAGGUAGUGCUUCGUUGCAAAGCCUCCCCCUCUUCAUCAUCAUCUGCGUCUUCUUCUAGUAACAGGCUGACAUCCCGUAUGAGCGCUCCAGUUCUUAACCAGAUUCAUGAGGAGGACAAAGAGGAAGAGGAGGAGGAGGAGCAGAGGGAGCUGAAUGGACUCAGCCCACCCAAACCCAGCCUCAGUCUCAAUCUGAACACUAGAAUACCUUCUCCUUUAACACUUUCAUCAUCACCUAAAACUGUUGGUAUUAAAGCACCAGUUGCUGCUUUCACCCCCAGUCCAGAGACUAGUGACGAUGACACAGAAAGCCAUAAACCAGACUCUGCAGCUGUAGCUGGACAAAGGGAGGAGGGAGAAGGCAGGAAAGAAGAAAGAGAGAAAAGGGGGUCAGGGCAAGGAAGCCCCUCCAACUGUGCUAGUCCUGGAUCAGGUUCAGGCCAAGCCAAAGGCACACCCAAAGCAGCCAGUGGUCUGGUGGAAAGUCUAAAGCUGAUGAGCCUGUGCCUGAGCUCUCAGUUCCAUAACCUAAAGGGGGGAGGAGGGGGAGGUAGUGGAGGUAGUGCUAAUGUUGUUGUUGGGGACACCCAGGACCGCCCAAUGUGGAGGAUGUGCAUGGGCGGCUCCACUGGUAGCCUGGAUAAGGUCUCACUCCUGGGUGGCCCUUCACCCAGGGGUAACCUCUACCACCCACAGCCCCCACUGGGAGAUGCGCUUGCAGACCCGCUUCUGGAGGGACCCUGCACGGGCACCCUGAGGCUGGGAGAGCUGGACCUGGCCAGGGAGAAUCACAGGAACAUGAAGAACAGGGUGCUGCAGAUGCCUCUGAGCGACAAGACUCUGUCUGUCAACAUCCACCGAAGCCCAAAGGAGGGCCUGCUCUGCACCCCCACUCCACACAGCUGCUGCCAGGUCAUUUAGAACACAGACAGCUGCUCCAUCAGCUGCUGCACCUCCACACUCCUCCAUCCUCAUCUAUACAUUCCUUAUCAUUUUGCUUCAGCCACUGGCUCAUGAGCUCAUGUUAUUUUUGCGUUGUUUGUUGUUUUUAUUGUUUAACACUUAAGGUGGAUAACUGUCGAAUUGCCACCCUUGCACAUUUGGAGACACAAAAAGUCUCCUCGGAGGAGACUGGGUGCCAUGCCAAGUAUGUGAAGCACUUUCAGCAGAUUAAACGGGACACUAAGGGGACAUUUUAACCUUCAGGUGUGUUUUAAAUAAGAGACUGUAAGUAUGGAAACAAUUAAUGUAAAGGAGGUGCUCACAUUCCUGCUCUUAAACACGUAUAUAUAUACUGUAUGUACAGCCUUUGUGCACUUCACACACACACCUUUAUCACUUUCUGAUAAGCUGAUUAAAGGGAAAGGUGAUGAGCGGGUAAGUUUAAGUUUCAAGUUACAUGUUGUCUUUUUGUUCAACAUUUUUUUAAUAUUGUUAUUUUUUAAAUUAUUUUUGAGACAAUCAUUUUAUCCAUUUCUUUUUUAAUUCUGACUGAAAGAGAGACUGUUAUCAUUCAACGAGGAUUAAUAACAGGGUGAACAUAGACAGCAGCACUUACAUAUGAUGGUGGCACAGUAUAUUGUAGUCUAUCACUGUUUUAUUUUUCUAUCUCAAACAUGCUCUGAAGACUUGGAUAUAAAACGCACACUCACUUGUCAACUCUCUGCGCUGUUACACGGCAGUCUGUACAUAUGUGAAUAACCUCUUAGCAGUACUCUGUACCUAUAGUAUUGAUGGUAAAGUUGUAUUGCAGUAGAAACCUGAAUACUAGAUCCUUACUCACCAUUAUCGUUCACUGCUGCUGGAUGUCCAAGGUUUGGUUGAACCCAAGGCUUGAAAUGUGUUUUGUGGCAUAAAAAACUACACAUUUAAAGUCAUGCCUGAACACAUUCAGUUUUUAUCAGUAGGUAAACAAGCAGUGCUUUAAACCAUUCAAACAAAAGCUGUGUGGGUGGAACCUGAACCAUGUACAUCCAGUAGCCCUCCAGGAUCACGGUAGCCACUGUUGUAGCAUAUUCCAAAACAAGAACAACAACCAAGGGGUUUCAAUAGAACAUAACAACAUUGCCCCUUCAAGUAUCGGUCUGUGUAACUGGAUGUGUGAACCACCCCUAGUGGAAUAUAUAACCUGACAGUGCAUGUGUUUUGCUGUAGCAACUGUAUUCUUACCCACUGAGGUCAAUCCACCUGCUGUAUCUACCUAAGUAACAGAUUCUAAUGGUCACUUUACUGUAGCCUCACAGCAAUACCAGCGACUGCAAAAUGUACAACAAAAAUGGAUGUGCCAUAAAAUCUGUCUUGAGCAUAUUGUACUGUAUGUAUAUGAUAGAGCUCUAUUAAAAUGAAAUGAUGUGAAUGAU